UGGCCCGCUCAAUCAGAUCGUUAACGGCAUCUAUAACUUGCGUGGCAAUAAAAGCACCUUCGGAAGUAUUGCUGAUGUCAUUUGUAAUAAGGGUUUUGAAAGAAGUCAAGAGCAGAUUGCUUGCCAAGAAGACGGGAUGUGGGAAAAUGCGAACUGUACAAUUAAAGAUUGUGGUACUCUUCCCAACCCUGAACAUGGUAGCAUUGAAAUACUAUCGGAUACCAAGUAUUUGGCGGAAGUGGCGUAUACGUGUAAACAUGGAUAUGAAUUAAUAGGUGAUCAGUCGAGAACAUGCCAGUCUACAGGCACGUGGUCUGGGGAGACGCCAUAUUGUCGACAAACAGGAGUACCGAAGAUUGUGUGCCCUACUAACACGGAUUACCGUGGCCGAGAAUGGAGAGAAGUCUUAUCCGGUACUCUUAGAACUCAACUGUGUGAUGAUAAUGAACGUUUCAAAGGGAAUGCUAGCAGAUUUUGUGCGGCAGAUGGAUCAUGGCAACACCCACAGUACAACUGCGUUCGGGAUUCGGUUGACCAUGUCCUUAAUCAAGUAUGUGAUUUUACGCUAACGUACGUGCGGAUAGAUACAAUCUACAAUAACACUUUUUAUAACAUUUUAAAUCGACGGAUGCCACUCAUCUCUUUGAUGCAGUUGAGGGUAUUACUGCAUUAG